UUAUUUUCGUAUCUAAUUAAAAUGUUAUUGAAGCCGUUAAUAGUUCUAAGUGUUAUACUAUGUACUUGCAAUGUAUCAAUAUUUGGUUUACCAAAUCUUCCAUCAUUGCCUCCUUCAGUAAUAAAUUUAGCAAUGAUGAAACGUUUAAUAAAAUUUUAUACUUUGCAAUCAAAAUCAGAGCGUAGUGACUUAUGUGCAAAACAAAGUAAAUUGUUGUAUGAUGAUGUGUAUAAAGGACAAUUGUGGGCAGAACGAAUGAUUGAUUCGUCUGCUAAAUUACAAUCUGGAAUUACAAAAUUGCAUUUAUCAGAUGUUGGAUAUUUUGAUGAAUGUAUACAAAUAAGUCACAAUACUAAUGACAGUAUGUCAAUUAAUGGCAAAUAUUGUUUGGCAAACAUAGAAGUUAACUUCAAAAAUAAUAAUUUAGAGGAUGAUAUUCAUAAAUUGGUUGGAUUCUCUCAAACUAUGCAACGGGUCAAACCUAAUUUACUUAAUGAAGAAGUGGAAAACAAUGCCGGAGGGAUGACAGGAUCUUCACUAAGCUGGGCAAUUUGUGUUCCUGAUGGUUGCACUGCUAAAGAAGUGGAAGACCAUUUAAAUACUUUUGCAGGUGCAAAUAUGUUCACUGUAAAGGAAUCCAAAUGUCAUACAAUAGAUAAUUACAAAUCAAAAUUAAACGCUGGUGAUUGGGUUGUAAUAGCAUUCCUUGGUAUUUUGGGCGUAAUAAUUUUACUAAGCACUAUCUAUGACGUAUUUUUGUACUACACAAAAGCAAAACCUUAUCAUCAGAUAUUUAUUGCAUUUUCAUGGCUUACAAAUUUCCAAAAGUUAGUUAAAAUAAGCAAUAAUCCUGAAAUGUUACCUUGUUUAAAUGGUGUACGAUUUCUAAGUAUGUUAUGGAUAAUAUACGGACAUGAACAUAUGAGUACUUUUUCAAAUUUAGUCGUUAAUACAAUUGAUAUACCAAGCUGGUCAAGAAAAUUUUUUUCAACGUUUACACUUGGAAGUUCAGUUUCUGUCGACUCAUUUUUUUUGUUAAGUGGAUGCUUAUUAAUGUACAGUUUUUUGAAAUCGCAAGCGAAAAAAGUUUCAUUUAAUGUGCCCCUAUUUUAUCUACAUCGUUAUAUACGAUUAACUCCAUCAUAUGCUGCUACAAUUAUAUUUCUGGUAACGUUAUACCGACAAAUGGGUUCGGGACCAAAUUGGGAUCCAGAAAAUUCAAACGAACCUUGCAGAAAAAAUUGGUGGGCUGCUUUGUUGUACAUUCAAAAUUAUGUGGAAGGACAAGCGUGUGUUAUGCAAUCUUGGUAUUUACAAAUUGAUAUGCAGUUAUAUAUUUUGUCUCCAUUAUUACUGAUACCAAUAGCAAAAUGGCCAAAAAUAACACCUUAUAUUUUGUCAUCGUUGGUACUUGUUUUUGUCUUAAUUCCAGCUUAUGUUGCGUGGCAUUACAAACUAUCGGCUAGUAUGUUUGGUGGUGGUGGCGGUGGAGGUGCUAACCAAAUGGAUGUUUACUACGGACAAACUUAUACAAGAGCAGGUCCUUGGAUAUUGGGAUUAUUACUUGGUUAUAUCUUAUACAAAUGUAAAACUGAAAGACCUAAAUUAGAUAGAAUUGCAGUCACAUUACUUUGGAUAGUUUCAUGUGGGGCGAUGUUAUAUACAGUAUUAGGAAUCUAUCCCGAAAAUCAACCUGGUUAUGAAUAUGAUCGAGUAUUUAAUUCAAUUUUUGUUGGUGCACAUCGUGUGGUUUGGUCUGCAGGACUAUCAUGGAUUAUUUUUGCCUGUAUACAGGGCUAUGGUGGUCCAGUGAAUUGGAUUCUUUCUUUGCCAAUGUUUCAAGUUUUGGCUAAAUUAACAUAUUCAAUGUAUUUAACACAUAUUUUCAUGCAAAAUAUUCAUUCCAGGUCAUUACAAAUGCCAUAUAUAUUUUCUAACAUGCAUAUUUGGUAUUCUUUUUGCGGGACGCUAAUAACUUGUUUGAUUGUUUCACUGUUUUGGACUUUAACAUUUGAAUCGCCAUUUAUUGUUUUGGAUACAUUAUUGAUGAAAUUCAUUUCAGGACUUACAUCAAAAAAACCUGCGGCAAAAGUGCAAAAUAAAGUGGAAGAAAAAAAUGAUAUUGAGAAAGAAGGAGAGCAUAAGGAACAGAUGAUAGACGCAUCAGCUAAAUUACCAAAUGGCAUAACAAAAUUACAUUUAUCUGAUGUUGGAUAUUUUGAUGAAUGUAUUCAAGUAAAGAAUGAAAAUAAAUCCAUACGAGGCAAAUAUUGUUUGGCAACUUUUAGAAACAUUACGAAUAUCUUAGGAGAUAAAAAUUUAAAAGAAGAAAUUAAAAUAUUUGAAGGCCUUUCUAUGUAUUUGAAUUCCGUAAUGGUGCAAAAUUUGACGGAAGGAGAUAAUUCUCUUUCAGAAGUAAUAAAAUCAAAUUGGGCAAUUUGUGUACCUGAUGGUUGCUCCGCUUUAGAGGUAGAAGAACAUCUUAACGCUUUCUUUGGGAUAGAAAUUUUUAUGCUAGAUGAAAUAAAUUGCCAAACAAUUGAAACAUAUAAAUCAAAAUUAAAUACUGCAGACUGGUGUGUUAUGAAGGAUCCAGAUAUGCUGCUAUGUUUGAAUGGUAUUCGAUUUCUAAGUAUGUUAUGGAUAUUAUUAGGACAUGAAUAUUCGAACAUUAUUUAUCAAACUACACCAUUAUGUGUUAAUUUAUUGGAUGUUAAAGAGUGGUUUAGUAAAUUUUCAUCAAUGUUUAUAAUUGGAAGUACUGUUUCUGUGGACUCAUUCUUGUUCUUAAGUGGAUGUCUACUGAUGUAUGGUUUUUUAAAUUUGCAAAACAAAAAUAAAUCGUUUAAUAUCCCUCUAUUUUAUUUACAUCGGUAUUUACGUUUAACACCUUCAUAUGCAGCUGUUAUUAUAUUCAUGGUGACACUAUAUCGUUUUAUGGGCUCUGGACCUUUAUGGGAUCCAGAAAAUACCUUCGAACCAUGUAGAACAAAUUGGUGGGCUGCUUUAUUGUACAUCCAAAAUUAUGUAGCUGGCCUUAACCGGUGUGUGGGGCAGUCUUGGUAUUUACAAAUUGACAUGCAAUUGUAUAUAUUGUCACCACUGUUACUUUUACCUAUUAUAAAAUGGCCACGGCAAGCCCCCUUCAUUUUAUUAACAUUAAUGUUUAUUUUAAUAAUAAUUCCAUUUGGAGUUGCUUGGCAUUAUAAAUUAGCGGCGUUUAUCGAUUUAAGAGGUGAAGCAAUCGGUAAUGCUGAUAUAAUGACAGUUUAUUAUUUCCAAACAUACACAAGAGCAGGUCCAUGGGUUAUGGGGAUGCUACUUGGUUAUAUUUUAAUAUACAAUAAAAAUAAGAAAGUCAACCUCAGUAAAAAUCGAAUCAUUUUACUAUGGAUAGUUUCAAUUACAGCAAUGAUGUAUGUAGUAUUUGGAUUUUAUGAUGAAACUAAACCAGGAUAUGAAUACGAUCGUGUAUUUAAUUCAUUGUUUAUUGGUUUACAUCGUGUUAUUUGGUCAGCUGGAUUGUCAUGGAUAAUAUUUGCUUGUAUACAUGGUUUUGGUGGUCCAAUAAAUUGGAUCCUUUCGUUGCCAGUAUUCCAAGUUUUAUCUAGAUUGACAUAUUCUAUGUACUUAACUCAUGUAUUUGUACAACAAAUUCAUCAUAAGUCAUUGCAAAUGCCAUUUCUAUUCUCAAACUCAUAUGCUUGGUAUUCAUUUUGUGGCACCCUAGUAAAUGUAAUGGUUAUUUCACUAAUUUGGACACUUACUUUUGAAUCACCGUUCGUUGUUCUAGAUACUCUACUAAAGAAUUACUUUUCAGAAUUAUUCGAGAAGAAAUCGCAUGCAAAAGUAAAAAGAAUAGAGAAUGUAUCAAGUGAAAGUAAACUAUAAAACAUGUUGGAGUCAUACAUUUUAAUAAAGACAUUGAUUUUAAUUAAUAUAAUAAAGCUGGC